GAACCAAGCCGUCCACCUGGACAACCAGUCCUCUUUCAGCCACCUGCACCCCGAUACCACCACCAGCAAACGCGCCCAAGCUACGAUCAUUCGAUUGUGGACAAUUCAGCGAGCAUCGACAUCAAGAUAUGAGUCGCGCCGCCAAACUCGCCCCGGAGGUUAACCGAGCUUUAUUCGUCAAGAAUCUAAGCUACAACGUGACGCCUGAGGAGCUCUUCGAGCUCUUCGGCAAGUACGGGCCUAUCCGCCAGGUCCGCCAGGGCAUUGCCUCGAACACCAAGGGAACUGCUUUCGUUGUCUAUGACGACGUCAUGGAUGCGAAGCAGGCCUGUGACAAGCUGAACGGCUUCAACUUCCAGGGCCGUUACCUUGUCGUCCUGUACCACCAGCCAGAGAAGAUGGCCAAGUCAAAAGAGGACCUCGAGGCACGCAAGGAGAAUUUAGCGCAGCUCAAGAAACAGCAUGGUAUCGAUUGACAAUUCGACGGGCCUCAGGGCCGGCCCCUUCAGACGCAGAAGCGACGCUCUGAAGGCCCGUCGUCUCCUACCAAAUCCUCCACCAAGAGUUCGACCUCGCGACCGAUUCCUAUUCCGACCAAGAAGGACAAGGCGAGGCCCGACACCAUGAAGACUGGAGGAUCCAGGAAUUCAUUCUCCGGCUUCAUUCGCGGCCUCCUCCCGACUGUCCCCGAGUGUGCCUGAUGUUUGGACGCUAAACGAACGAAAUUUCGAGAGGCGUUCAGGAUCAGGCAGAAGGUCUCGGGAGGAGGCAACGUGUGGUGACAUCGAUACUGGCUUUUCUGCUUUGACGGCCUUGCCAUGUGUGCGCGGCAUGGCGCUCCUAUCUUUUUUUUAGGGGGAGCUUUAUUACCUUUUUUUAUGUUACGAAUGACAGAUUUCGUGUUCGGGCUGUGCAUCAUCAAAUUGACAUGACGAGAAUUCUGGACGAAGUUCAUUUUCUUCUUUGCGUGGGCAGUGGCGGAACAUACAGCUUAUCCUCACCGUGUCGAGAUGAUCUCCUCUUGACCUGUAAGGGGGUGAUGAGAUAAUGAAUAUUGGGACUGAUGCCGUUGCGGGUUCUGAGGCAUCCUAACAGCACUGCCUCUACCUACUUGAAUUGUGCCUCAAACGGCCUUCCGCGAA